AUGGAUAAAAUUGAAUUGCAUGCUCAUUUUAGUGGUUGUAUUCGUUUUACAACUCUCUAAGAGUUGACAAUUAGAUAAUUUGGAUAGAAUCAAGAAAUAAAUUUCUAAAAAUGUACAACCUUAGAAUAAUGUUUUAUAUUAUUUGCCAAAAUAAAUUCUUUAAAUUUAAUGUUAGAUGAUGUUCGAAGAAUUGCAGAUGAAAUAUUUGAAGAUUUUUAUUCAGAUGGUGUUACCUAUUUAGAAAUUAGAGCAACACCUAAAAAAGGUUAGGAUUUCGAUCAAUUACAAUACUUAAAAGCAAUAUCAGAUGCAAUAAAUAAGGCAAAAUUUGAAAUAAAAUUAAUAGUAGCUAUUGAUAGAGCAAAAGGUAUUGAUGAAGCUGAAAAAACACUUAAUUUAGUGAAAAAAAAUAAAAUAUAACAUUUAGUUGGGGUAGAUCUAUGUGGCCAUCCUGGUAUUGGUCAUUUUUCAUAAUAUAAAUCAAUUUUAUAAAAAUUUAGAGAUUUAGGAUAUAAAAUUACUGUGCAUACAGGAGAACUUAAAUAAUAAAUAGAGGAAAAUAAUGAUGUCAUUGAUUUUUAACCAGAUAGAAUAGGACAUUUUAUAUAUUUUACAGAAGAACAACUUAAUAAAAUAAAAAAUCUUAAUAUUCUCAUAGAAGUAUGCUUUUCAUCCAAUUUAUUUACAACAAAUAUGCAUCCUGAUUGUCAUCCCGUAAAAUAAUUUAUUAGUCAAGGAAUUCCUAUUGCUAUUUGUACAGAUGAUACAUUAUGCUUUAAUACAACAGUUACUAAAGAGAUUGAAUUAAUAAAAACAACAUUUGGAUAUUCAAAUGAAUUUAUAUCAAGCAUUCUUAAAUAAAGCUUAAAUUAUAAAUUUAAAUUAGAAUGA